AUGCUCUCCCGCAUUCCCCCACAAACCCAACACAGCUACUCCGAAUACCACGACUAUGCCCAGAGAUCCGACAUGAUCACUCCCCAACCGCAACAGCUCACCUCCGUCCUGCACGCGCAGCCGAAAUACGAAAAUGACAACCUUCAGGCCGGUCGCAAGAGACGAGAGUCGGAGCUGGAGGGGAACAACGAGUCCAACGAUGCGGCGGCCAUUCGCCGGCGAAUAAGUCGAGCAUGUGACCAGUGCAAUCAACUGCGUACCAAAUGUGACGGCAAACAACCCUGCGCGCACUGCACCGAGAACUCUCUCAUCUGCGAGUAUGCUCGUGCUCAUAAAAAGCGAGGCCGAGCACCAAAGAAAGAGACGGAUGGACAGGAUGAAGCGAACUACGCAUCCACUGCUCAGCCGCCCACCAACCAUCAGUCCGCUGUGCGUCAGUCCGCAGGCCCGAGGAAGUAUUCCAGUACCUCGUUUGCCGGUCGCGAUGGCCUGGUCGAUGCCAAUCCCUUACCCUCGAACACCACUCCUCCGAGCGCAGGGUUCGACCCCAACCCUCACCAGAAUGCCUUCUUCGGCGGUUUCGAUCCUUCGUCAGGAGUAGGGAUGACCGGGGCGCAUCCAAUGCAUGAAAUGGAACAGACCAUGAUACCAUCCAUUGCUCAGACGCAGGCCAUCGAAUUCCCCGUCCCCAACCAGGCAUAUGCGCCGUCCACCCUCGACACCAUGCACGUGCAAGGCGCGACACAAGCAUUUGGAUUUCCUCUGGGCGACGAUUAUUCGGUCGCCUUCAUGGGCAAAGCUCCCAUGGUCGAGUCGCCGGAUUGGCUCGCACUCACCUCGCCGAUAUUCGUCAACGAGCCACUCCCCGCCCAGCCGCGCAUCACAGACACUUUGAGAUAUCCAGUCCUACGUCCUCUCCUGCCGCACAUCGAGUCAAUCAUUCCUCAAGCAUUGGCGUGCGACCUGCUCGAGCAAUACUUCACGAGCUCGACCUCGGCGUACCUCAGACCGGCAAACGCAUAUAUUCUGGGCUACAUCUUCAGGAAGAAAUCUAUCCUGCAUCCCACGGACCCUCGUCCAUGUACUCCAGCGCUCCUGGCUAGCAUGUUAUGGAUCGCGGCACAAACCAGUGACGCUGCCUUUCUGACCGCGCAACUGGAUGCCCGAGCUCGCAUAUGUCAGAGGUUGUUGGAACUCACAAUUAACAUGCUGAAACCACUUGUUCACAGCCAUCCCAAUAGCUCGGUGCAGACUCCCAAUCCGAACUAUCCACAGAUGACCGCUAAUGAUGGAGGACUGGGUGCUCUGGUUGUGCCGACACAUUCGGGCGGCCAAGGAGUGGAUCGAGCUCAGAUAGACAAUCUGGCGACUUACAUUCACUUGGCUACGGUGGUUUCGGCAAGCGAGCGAAAAGCAGCCAGUUUGAGAUGGUGGAAUGCGGCGUGGUCGCUCGCUCGAGAGAUUCGACUUGGCCGAGAACUGCCUCCAAAUCCGCCUGAGCAGGACGGCGAAGAGAACAAUCAAACGAGUAACAACACCGAUGGCCAUUCGGGAGACAACCGCAGGAACUCGGUGGAUGAUGCUCGGCGCAACUCCAUAGGAUAUGUAUCGGAGGAGGAAAGGGAGGAACGCCGGCGAACCUGGUGGCUGCUCUAUAUGCAGGAUCGGCAUCUAGCUUUGUGCUACAACCGGCCGAUGUUCUUCCUCAACAAGGAGUGCGAAGGCCUUUUGCAACCAUUGGACGACGAGAUGUUUCAAGCUGGGCGGUUUGACCGGGCGUCUGAUCCGACGGUUAGACGGAGGGGACUGAACAUUGAAUGCACGUCGCACAGUGUGUUCGGGUAUUUCUUGCCCCUGAUGGUCAUUUUGGGUGAGAUCUUGGAUCUCAACCACGCGCGAAACAGGCCACGGUUCGGGCCCCGCGCAAACAAAGCCAAGAACUGGGACGAGCACACCGACGAAAUCACGCUGCAGCUGGAGGCUUAUGGGCAGAGUCUGAAAGACUUCGAGGCGGCAGGAGGACACUUCCAGGACACGAGCCACAACGAUGUGGUCACGCCGUCAGUGGUUUCCCAGGGCACGAACGAGUCGCACAGUGCUUCGGAGCUCGCUUUGCAGACGAAGACAGUCGUGGCGUACGGGACUCAUAUCAUGCACGUCUUGCACAUUCUCUUGACCGGCAAAUGGGAUCCCAUCGCACUGUUGGAUGACAACGACCUGUGGAUAUCGUCGCAAUCCUUCGUAACGGCCACAGGACAUGCCGUAUCUGCUGCCGAGGCGGUGGCGGAAAUCAUCGAGGACGACCCUGACUUGAGUUUCAUGCCCUUCUUCUUCGGAGUGUAUCUUCUCCAGGGCAGUUUCUUACUGCUGCUGUUUGCCGACAAACUUCAGGGCGAUGUGAGCCCAGAUGUUGUCAAGGCAUGUGAGACGAUUGUUCGGGCCCACGAAGCAUGCGUGGCCACUCUAGACACGCAAUACCAGCGCAAUUUCCGAAAAGUCAUGCGUUCAGCUCUUCAGCAAGUUCGUGGUCGUAUCCCCGAAGACCUGGCUGAGCAACAGCACUGGCGGCGAGAGGUACUCGCGUUGUACCGGUGGACUGGCGAUGGAACGGGCCUGGCGUUGUGA